ACAAAAAUGAAAUUAAAUGAGUUGGUACACUGGUAUCAGAAGAAAAUUGGUACUUAUGACAAGCAACAAUGGGAGAAAACUAUAGAACAACACAUUCUUGGAGGAUUUACACAUGUCCCAAUGAGAACUGCAAAACUGAAAACCGAACUGAUUGAUGUGGAUCUUGUAAGAGGUUCUUCUUUCCCAAAAACCAAGCCAAAACAUGGAUUAUCAACAGUAGCUUGCUUGGCGCUUCAAAGGCUAUUAUUUCUUCCUGUAUAUAGGAGAUGGUGGAUGCAACAGACUAGUUCAAAAAUUUUUACAUUAUUUUUACUACUGUAUAGUUUACAGUUGAUCAAUAUGUGUAUAUAUUUUUAUCAGAUAACAAAGAAUAAUGAAAGUGAUAUAGUGACAAUGUCAGAAGUAUUAAUACCUACUAUUAUGAUGUUUAUUUUGUGCAUUGUUCAUUCCCAUAUUGUAUCAACUCAUUCUGGUCCAACAAUAACUGAUGGACAUAGCAAACAGAGAGUAUUUCGGCGUUCUAGACACACGAGAUGUAGAUUGGGAAAAUCAAGAACAAGACAAAGUUUACGUUUGCAUGAAGAUUCCAAAUCAUCUCAAGAUACUGCUUCUGAGAAAGCUAGUACAUUAAGUGGAGAAGUAUUAACUUCUGUGCGAUUUGCUAAGAAAGUUGAAAUUGAAAAUUCUGUGCCUGUUAGUCAGUCUAAGGAAUUCAUAAAUGCUCAAGUAUCCAGUAAUAAAGAGCUAAUGAUUGCAAAUCCUAUUCCUGCGAAUGAAGCUUCAACUAGUCAUAUUCAAUCAAAUGAUGUUCCAGAUGUAAGAAAUGUGCAUCUAGAUGAUGAUGGAUUUGAAAGUUUAAAUGGAAAUGUAUCAAGCGAUAAUGAUAAAGGAGUUGCACGAGCUUUAGUAGACAAGCUUCAACAGAAGAGAGGUCCAUUACACGAAAGUAAUGAUGAUUCUGCUGGUCGACAAAUAUUAUUGCAACCUAAAUUUUCAGCACUUGAGUUACCCAAGCUGGAAGACAGUUCUUUGAAAAGUGAAGGAGAAGGUUUCAGUAAAAUGGACCAGGAGCACUCUCCUAUGGUAAUUGGAUCAAGAGAUGGUCGACAGCAGUGUGAAAGUGAGGAAGAGGGAGAAUGCGAAGAAGCUGCUACAAAUCAUUUAACAGAAGCUACAACAUCUGCUACCGAAUGGAUGGGAGUGACUACAAAUAGCGAUGAAUGUAGCUAUAGUUCAGAACUUGAGGAGUCUGAUUUGCAUAGUGAGACUAACAAAAAUUAUGGAGAAUUUGUAGAGCAUCCCUUUUCAUGGGAGUUCGAAUUACCGCCUUCCAUAAUGCUUAGUUCUAGUUGCGCUUCUUAUGAUCGUGUUUCGUGUACUAUAUGGACAAGGCGUGAUAUAAAAAAAGCUGAACUAUCAGUCUUAGACAUUAGUUCAGCGAUUAUUGGUAGAGUAGAGUCCAUGCCUGAGAGUUUGAAUUAUUUUUAUGGAGGGCUAAUGCUCAGCGUAGCAUUAUCGUUAAUACCAUCCAUUAACCGACUGAGUGAUCAUGUGGGAAUGGAUAAUAGUAGUAAUGUAACUAGUUCCUUGAUACCAAAUGAUUUGACUUCUGUCAAUUUGGAUACAUACAGUGAUAUUUUAUGUAAAGUGAUAGACUUGACAUUUGGAAUAACUCCCUGGGAACGAAUUGUAGUGCUUAUAUCAGCAUUCGAGAGGCUCAUAUUGUCUUCAAUAUUAUUUUUCUUAUUAGCAGUCGCAGAACGUACUUAUAAACAGAGGCUCUUAUAUGCCAAAUUGUUUUCACAUCUGACGUCUUCGAGACGUGCACGAAAAUCGGAUUUACCACACUUCCGGUUGAAUAAAGUGCGAAACAUUAAAUUGUGGUUGAGCGUUAGGUCCUAUUUAAAAAGGAGAGGUCCACAACGUUCUGUGGACGUAAUAGUAUCAGCAGUAUUUAUAGUUACAUUAUUAUUGUUGUCGUUUGUGAGUUUGGAGUUAAUUAAGGAUCUAGAAAGUUUGCAUUCCCGAUAUAACGUCGAAGCAUUAUUUUGGAGCUUUUCUCUUGGGAUAUUUAUAUUACGUUUUAUGACGCUGGGCACGAAAAUUAACAAAAAAUAUAGAAAUCUCUCCGUCUUAAUAACUGAACAGAUAAAUUUAUAUUUACAAAUAGAACAAAAACCGCAUAAAAAAGAUGAGCUUAUGGUAGCGAAUAAUGUACUCAAAUUGGCAGCUGAUUUGAUAAAGGAACUCGAAAGUCCAUUUAAAAUUUCUGGUUUAUCCGCCAAUCCGUAUCUGUAUACAAUCACAAAGGUAGUACUAUUAUCUGCUCUUUCAGGAGUGCUUUCAGAAUUACUUGGGUUUAAACUCAAGUUACAUAAGAUAAAAAUCAAAUAA